UACGUGCUGUGUGAACUUCGAAUAGACGCACGGUGCUGUCGUCUCGCCGGUGACUGUGAUUGGUCAGCACCUGCUCACCUCCUUCAUCCAAACUGACAUGAGUUGGAGGAAAUAUAGUCAGCAUCCAUCCCCCCGAUCCUCACUACGCGUCUGCGCUACUUCCUCCGCUGCGUGUGCUUCAUUCUUUCUCUAUGGUAAUGCUACAGUGAUCCGAAGACAUUUGCAGUUUUACACAGCGUUAUUAUCAUCAUCACGAGACAUGCGUGUGCAACGGACCAUAGGAGUGUUUAUAUUGUUUUUGGCGGUGCGGCAAACACACGCGACUGAUUCCAGCAGCGCUCAUGACACCUCACACGAGAGAUCACUGAACAUCCAGAAGAGAAGACUCUCUCUGCAGAACACAGCGGAGAUUCAGCAGUGUCUGGUGAACGCAGGUGAUGUGGGCUGCGGGAUGUUUGAGUGCUUCAACAACAAUUCCUGUGAGAUCCGCGGACUACAUGACAUCUGCAUGACGUUCCUCCACAACGCUGGCAAAUUUGAUUCCCAGGGAAAAUCGUUCAUCAAAGAUGCGCUGAAAUGCAUGGCCCAUGGACUUCGCCACAAGUUCAGCUGCAUCAGCCGCAAGUGUCUGGCCAUGAAAGAGAUGGUGUUCCAGCUGCAGCGUGAGUGUUACGUCAAACACAACCUCUGCUCUGCCGUGAGGGAGAACGUAAACGUCAUGGUGGAGAUGAUCCACUUCAAGGACCUAUUUCCCAAAGGGCCCCACGUGGAGUUAGUAAACAUCCUGUUGGGAUGCGGCGAGGAGGUGCGCGUCGCCAUCGCACGCCGAAUACGAACUCAGUGUGAGCAGAACUGGGGAGCUCUGUGUGGGAGUCUGAGUCUCUGUGCCCUCAGAAAGUUGGAGAACCAGGCCAGUUCCACCCUCGCCCCUGUCCCAGACAUCACCACUCCAUCGGGAGCCAGCAGCAACUCCCUUCCUCCCGCGAGCCCGCUUCUCCCUGAGGCUGACAGGGAAACCAUUUGGACACUCACAGAAAGAGAUGAAGAUGAAAAUCAGUCCUCAGGUCCUCAACACAAUGCCUCUGAUGCCGAAAAAAAGCUAAAGAGGUCUCUGAAUGCAACCAAAAGGAGGUGAAGGGGAUUCUCAGUGCCUUUAGCCCACACGUCCAAAAAGGCUCGUUCAGUGCUCUCCUUCCCUGCCUCGCUCAAGGACAAAUCAGCUGCAGUCUCCAGUGCUUCUAAAAGAGCACCAGCGAUGACAGGGUAUUUCAAUGUGAUGUUACAUUUAGAGCUGCCAUCGUCAUUGUGUUUGAUUUGUAGGACAUUCUGUGAGACCUUGUGUUUUGUGAUGACAUCAUUCCAUCUGCUCAGUAUUUGUCUGCUUUGAAGCAAGGCCAUUUGGGUGAACAUCACAAAAACAUGUCUGGGUCACAUUUCACCCCAAAAGAAAAAAAAAGGAAAUAUAUAUUAAUAAAUGAAAUGUUCUUAAAAAACAUUAUUUAAACAUUGGAUUACACUU